AUGCAGUCGCUCGUCGUCGAGCUUCCGCGGCGCGUGCGCGAGCCAGCCCAAAAUAUGGGAGCGUGGGCAGGGGCCAGCCGCGCCACGCGCGGCCACGCGCACCUCGCAAGCCAACCGCCGCACCCGCAGCACGGCGGCGAGGUGAGCCUCGCAAAUGUCGCCGAGGGGGCAAAGCUGGCUCUCGCCGGGUAUGCCUCAGCGGCCGCGGGCGAGCGGGGCGUGUGUGCGCCACGCGCCGCCGCUCCGGCCGGAUCACACGAGCCUCCCUCCCGCGGCUCGUCGCAGGAGAGCGGGUCGAUCCGACGAUGCUCGGUGAAGAUGCUCGACGGAGAGACGGUGGCGCUCGCAAUCUCCCGCAUCUGCGCCGCGACCGCCGGCGGUUACUCGAUCGUGUUCAACUGA